ACUUCCAGCCACUGUGGCUCAAGCCAGCUCAAGCGCUCAAGCAGCUGAAGCUGAAGCUGCUGAAGCAGCUUGAAAUGAAAGCUCAAGGAGGUUGGGCGUGAUGUUCCUUUUGCACAUUGGAUGAUUUCCCUCGGUUUUUGUCACUGUUAUCUCAACAUUCUGGGCGUCCCGUUGGUUUUGUUACUGGCUCACGAUGAGUCCGAAUCGAUCAAACCUACAAUUCAGUAGUCACCGCUCUUGCAGCGUUCCGCAGUGCACGAACCGAUCCGUGAAAGGUAAAAUCAGCCUUCACAGAUUCCCAACCGAUGCUCGGCUCAGGGAGGCCUGGAGAGCGAAGUUGCGAAUCAACAAGUCGAUUUCGACUCAUAUGCAAGUCUGCAGUAUUCAUUUCCUGAGGAAUGACUUCUUCUGGAGUGCAGCUGAUGGCCGUAACAUUCCAAUACCAAAGAAACAGAGGUUGAAGAGAGGGGCCAUUCCCUCACAAUGUUUGCCUGUCGAAAAUCCUGGUCGGAGGCCAGCGAAGCUGAAGAGCCAAUGCAAAGCACGAAACAAGACGUCUCAAAAGCCUCGUCAGAAGCCAAGGGAGUCAAAGCCUAUGGAUAGAAAGGACCAACAGAAGGAAGUUCCACAAGGCGAGAGUUUUGGUUUGCAGUCAUGCUCACCCUUGAGGCACGAAGAGGACACGUCUGGCGACUUUGUGCAAGCGGAGCAACCGAACCACACAGAGAGGACUGACACCGAGUGCGGAAACGCUUGGCUUCCCUCGGUCACCGCCGAAGGGAGUGUUCUGGACAAAGUUGGCGAGCUGGUGAAUGCCAUUCCAGGCUUGAGGCCCGGGAUGUUGCUGGCAUUUCGGAUUCCCCAAGGUGGUGGGAACCCCACUGUGAAACGCCGGAGAGCACCGGGUUCCGAACCCUGCUGGCCGGUGGCCCUGUACCGGCACGGAGACUCUCCCGACUGCUGGCCAGCGCCGCAACACGGGGCGUCUCCGGAAGGAGAAGACGCCACGGUCCAGGCUGCUCACCAGUGCGAACAGCUGAUCACGGGAGACACCGCCGUGGGAGCCCUUGGCCUGCCAGGUCGUUCAACCGCCGCCACGCGGGCUCUGGAUGCAGAUUUCACGUCCCAAGAAGAGGCCAUCGAGGGAUAUUCUUGACGAACACGACCUACAUGCUGAAACUCCGAGACCGGGAGAAGAUGUGGCUAACAGCGGGGAAGCUGGAAACACUGCGUCGCCAUGGCACUGCAGGGCUUCUGGCAUCCCUUGCCUGCCUUCCCACAAUGCCACGACUGUCCCGAGCAAAGACACACCUUGUACGGCAUUAAUGCCACGGUCGACACGGGAAUAUCUGCAUCGAAAUCGCCUUCUGAAUGGGAAAAAGAAA